UCGUCAACUGGAUAACGCAGCCAACGCAACGGCCCAGCGCACACACGGCAGACAAGGCUUUCUCCUGGAGGGAGUCACGCCAACAGCACCACCGGAUGUUCCGCCACGUAAUCCGACAAUGAGUCGCAUGAAUAAUGCUCGUUUAAUUGCCGGCGCUGUUGCUAACAAUCCCAAUGAUCUGGGCGUUGACUUUGAGCCAUCGUGUUUGGUGCGGACGCCAUCGGGCAACGUUUACAUUCCUAGUGGAAAUCUAAAUAUCAACAAGGGCUCACCUAUCGACUACAAGAGCGGAUCGGCCUGUUCCACACCCACAAAAGACACUCUCAAAGGGGGUUACGAUCGCAGCACGCAAGGCUGCAUGGGCCCGGUUCUGCCGCCAAGGAGCAUGAACGGAAUGCCCACCCAUCAUUACUCGGCGCCAAUGAACUUGCGCAAGGACUUAGCCGCACGCUGCUCGGCCAACUGGGCUAGCAUUGCCGCGUGCUCGGCCUUCGCUGUACUUUGUAUUCUGCUGAUCCUGCUGACCAGCACCGGCACCCUGCACUGGUCCCCGUCAGCACCCUGCACAGUUCUAGUCGGCAACGAGGCCGCCGAGGUCACGGCGGCCAAGAGCACCAACACGGAUUUAUCCAAGCUGCACAAUGCAUCGGUACGCGCGAAAAAUGGACAGGGCAUAGGAAUUGUACAGGGACAGCCUGGUGGAGGCAUUGCAACGGCAACCGUCACGACAGCCACAUCGAACAGCGGGACGGCCCAAGGCUUACAGUCGACAUCCACCUCGGCGGAGGCCACAUCUUCAGCAGCGGCAGCCACUGCAACGUCCUCCUCACAAUCGUCGCUUGCGCCUUCGACUUCGCUAUCCUCAUCCUUAGCAAACGCCAAUAAUGGAGGUGCUCGCACUUUCCCAGCGCGAAGCUUCCCACCGGAUGGCACCACCUUUGGCCAGAUUACGUUGGGUCAAAAACUAACGAAGGAGAUACAACCUUACAGCUAUUGGAAUAUGCAAUUCUAUCAAUCGGAACCGGCCUACGUUAAGUUUGACUACACAAUUCCCCGUGGCGCAUCCAUAGGCGUAUACGGGCGUCGUAAUGCCCUGCCCACCCACACUCAAUACCAUUUUAAGGAAGUCUUGAGUGGCUUUAGCGCCAGCACACGCACCGCCAGGGCCGCACACCUUUCCAUAACGCGAGAGGUGACACGUUAUAUGGAGCCAGGUCAUUGGUUUGUCUCGCUCUACAACGACGAUGGGGAUGCACAGGAAUUGACUUUCUAUGCAGCCAUAGCAGAGGACAUGACACAGAACUGCCCUAACGGCUGCUCCGGCAAUGGGCAAUGCUUGCUGGGCCAUUGCCAAUGCAACCCCGGUUUCGGAGGCGACGAUUGCAGUGAGAGCGUUUGUCCAGUGCUGUGCUCCCAGCAUGGAGAGUACAUCAAUGGCGAGUGCAUUUGUAAUCCGGGCUGGAAGGGCAAGGAAUGCUCCCUCCGACACGACGAGUGUGAGGUGGCCGAUUGCAAUGGUCAUGGACACUGUGUUAGCGGCAAAUGUCAGUGCAUGCGCGGCUAUAAGGGCAAAUUUUGCGAAGAAGUGGACUGCCCACAUCCCAGUUGCUCUGGACAUGGCUUCUGCGCGGACGGCACUUGCAUCUGUAAAAAGGGCUGGAAGGGAACCGACUGCGCCACCAUGGACAAAGACGCGCUCCAAUGUCUACCCGACUGCUCGGGUCACGGUAACUUUGAUCUGGACACCCAAACCUGCACAUGCGAGACCAAGUGGAGCGGUGAUGACUGUUCCAAGGAGCUCUGCGACCUCGACUGUGGCCAGCACGGUCGUUGCGAGGGUGAUGCCUGCGCCUGCGACCCGGAAUGGGGUGGCGAUUACUGCAACACUAAGCUCUGCGACAGCCGUUGCAACGAGCACGGUCAGUGCAAGAAUGGAACCUGCCUUUGUGUAACUGGAUGGAAUGGCAAACACUGCACAAUCGAAGGUUGUCCAAGCAGCUGUGCUGGUCACGGACAAUGUCGGGUGAGCGGCGAAGGCCAAUGGGAAUGCCGCUGCUAUGAGGGCUGGGACGGACCUGAUUGUGGCAUCGCCUUGGAGUUAAACUGUGGCGAUAGCAAGGACAAUGAUAAAGAUGGCCUGGUUGACUGUGAAGAUCCCGAGUGCUGUGCCAGUCACGUCUGUAAGACAUCCCAGCUGUGUGUAUCAGCACCCAAACCCAUUGAUGUACUCCUAAGGAAACAGCCUCCGGCAAUUACGGCCUCAUUCUUUGAGCGCAUGAAGUUUCUGAUUGACGAGAGUAGUCUCCAGAACUAUGCUAAGUUGGAGACUUUUAACGAGAGCCGUUCAGCAGUUAUCCGCGGACGCGUGGUCACCUCCCUGGGCAUGGGGCUGGUAGGCGUGCGCGUUUCCACUACUACUCUGUUGGAGGGUUUCACACUCACUCGCGACGACGGGUGGUUUGAUCUGAUGGUCAAUGGCGGAGGAGCUGUGACCCUGCAAUUUGGACGCGCUCCAUUCCGACCGCAGUCUCGCAUUGUGCAGGUUCCAUGGAACGAGGUCGUCAUUAUCGAUGUGAUGGUCAUGAGCAUGUCCGAGGAAAAGGGUCUGGCCACGACUACAACACACACUUGCUUCUCGCACGACUACGAUCAAAUGAAGCCGGUUGUAUUAGCCUCAUGGAAGCAUGGCUUCCAAGGCGCCUGUCCAGAUCGCAGUGCCAUACUGGCCGAGUCGCAGGUGAUCCAGGAGUCCCUGCAAAUACCUGGUACGGGCCUAAAUCUGGUAUAUCACUCGUCCCGUGCUGCCGGCUAUUUAUCAACUAUUAAACUCCAACUGACGCCGGAUACUAUACCCGCAUCGCUUCAUCUUAUUCAUUUGCGAAUUACCAUCGAGGGCAUCCUAUUUGAGCGUGUUUUCGAAGCUGAUCCGGGCAUUAAAUUCACGUAUGCUUGGAACCGCUUGAACAUAUACAGACAACGUGUCUAUGGCGUCACUACAGCCGUAGUUAAAGUGGGGUAUCAGUACACGGAUUGCAAGGACAUUGUAUGGGAUAUACAGACCACGAAACUCAGUGGCCAUGACAUGUCUAUCUCAGAGGUAGGCGGCUGGAAUCUGGACAUCCAUCACCGUUACAACUUUCAUGAGGGAAUUCUGCAGAAAGGCGACGGCUCUAACAUCUAUCUGCGCAACAAGCCUCGCAUCAUUCUCACUACCAUGGGCGAUGGUCAUCAGCGCCCGCUGGAGUGCCAAGAUUGCGAUGGUUUGGCCAUGAAGCAGCGCCUGCUCGCCCCAGUUGCCCUGGCUGCCGCACCAGAUGGCAGUCUGUUCGUUGGCGAUUUCAACUUUAUUCGCCGUAUAAUGACGGAUGGCAGUAUUCGCACGGUUGUCAAACUGAACGCCACACGCGUCUCCUAUCGCUAUCACAUGGCCCUGAGUCCGCUUGACGGCACUCUCUACGUAUCCGAUCCAGAAUCUCAUCAGAUAAUACGCGUGCGCGACAUCAGUGACUACUCACAACCGGAACUAAACUGGGAAGCGGUUGUGGGUUCCGGGGAGCGUUGCUUGCCCGGCGAUGAGGCUCAUUGUGGUGAUGGUGCCCUGGCUAAGGACGCAAAGCUGGCCUAUCCCAAAGGCAUUGCAAUCUCCAGCGACAACAUUCUUUACUUUGCUGAUGGCACCAACAUCCGAAUGGUAGAUCGUGAUGGCAUCGUAAGCACACUAAUCGGCAACCACAUGCACAAGUCACACUGGAAGCCCAUUCCGUGUGAGGGCACACUCAAACUGGAGGAAAUGCACUUGCGCUGGCCCACGGAACUGGCUGUGUCGCCAAUGGACAACACCCUCCACAUCAUUGACGACCACAUGAUUUUGCGAAUGACCCCCGACGGACGCGUCCGUGUUAUAUCUGGCCGUCCACUGCAUUGCCCUACCGCCACCACAGCCUUUGAUACAGACCUCGCCACUCAUGCAACUCUGGUUAUGCCGCAAUCUAUUGCUUUUGGCCCGCUGGGCGAGCUCUUUGUGGCAGAAAGCGAUUCUCAACGCAUUAAUCGCGUGCGCGUUAUAGGCACGGACGGACGUAUCGCAUCGUUUGCGGGAGCCGAGUCGAAGUGCAAUUGUCUGGAGCGCGGAUGCGAUUGCUUUGAAGCUGAUCACUAUCUGGCGACAAGUGCUAAAUUUAAUACCAUUGCCGCCUUAUCUGUCACUCCCGAUGGACAUGUACAUAUUGCCGAUCAGGCUAACUACCGCAUACGCUCAGUCAUGUCCAGCAUCCCCGAGGCGAGCCCAUCGCGAGAGUAUGAGAUAUAUGCGCCAGAUAUGCAGGAGAUAUAUAUCUUUAAUAGAUUCGGACAACAUGUCUCUACUCGUAACAUUCUAACCGGUGAAACUACAUAUGUCUUCACCUACAACGUGAACACAUCCAAUGGAAAGCUCAGCACCGUAACGGAUGCGGCGGGCAACAAGGUCUUCCUUUUGCGAGACUACACCUCUCAAGUGAAUUCAAUUGAGAAUACCAAGGGCCAGAAGUGCCGCCUCCGCAUGACUCGCAUGAAGAUGUUGCACGAAUUGAGUACACCAGACAACUACAAUGUCACCUACGAGUAUCACGGACCGACAGGAUUGCUAAAGACAAAGCUUGACUCUACAGGACGCUCCUAUGUGUAUAACUACGAUGAAUUUGGACGUCUAACUUCAGCCGUUACACCGACUGGUAGAGUCAUUGAACUCAACUUUGAUUUAAGUGUAAAGGGCGCUCAGGUGAAGGUCUCGGAGAACGCACAGAAGGAGAUAUCCAUGCUAAUACAGGGCUCCACGGUUAUUAUUAAGAACGGAGCCGCAGAAUCACGUACUUCUGUGGACAUGGAUGGUUCGACCACGAGCAUUACACCCUGGGGUCACAAUCUACAAAUGGAAGUUGUUCCCUACACAAUUUUGGCUGAGCAGAGUCCACUACUAGGCGAGAGCUACCCAGUCCCAGCCAGGCAGCGCACGGAGAUUGCCGGAGAUCUGGCCAACCGGUUCGAAUGGCGCUACUUUGUGCGACGCCAACAGCCUCUCCAGCAGGGCAAGCAGAACAAGGGAGCACCGCGUCCGGUCACGGAAGUUGGACGUAAACUGCGUGUCAAUGGAGACAAUGUUCUUACUCUGGAAUACGAUCGUGAAACGCAAUCGGUUGUUGUAAUGGUCGAUGACAAGCAGGAGCUGCUCAAUGUGACCUACGACCGCACCUCGCGUCCAGUUAGUUUCCGCCCACAGUCGGGUGAUUACGCUGAUGUUGAUCUCGAGUACGAUCGAUUUGGACGCUUGGUCAGCUGGAAAUGGGGAGUGCUGCAAGAGGCCUAUACAUUUGACCGCAAUGGACGCUUGAAUGAGAUUAAGUAUGGCGAUGGAUCAUCAAUGGUUUAUACCUUUAAGGACAUGUUUGGCUCCCUACCCCUUAAAGUGACCACUCCUCGACGCUCAGACUAUCUACUGCAAUAUGAUGAUGCCGGCGCACUUCAAAGCUUGACAACUCCACGCGGUCACAUUCAUUCCUUCUCGCUGCAGACGUCACUCGGCUUUUUCAAGUAUCAGUACUACUCGCCAAUUAAUCGACAUCCCUUCGAAAUCCUAUACAACGAUGAGGGCCAGAUUCUAGCCAAAAUACAUCCACAUCAAUCCGGCAAAGUCGCUUUUGUACAUGACGCUGCAGGACGCCUGGAAACCAUUCUGGCUGGACUUUCGAGUACCCAUUAUACUUAUCAAGAAACUACUAGUCUGGUGAAGUCUGUUGAGGUGCAGGAGCCAGGUUUCGAAUUGCGUCGCGAGUUCAAGUACCACGCAGGCAUCCUCAAGGACGAAAAACUGAGAUUUGGAUCAAAGAACUCACUGGCAGCGGCUCACUACAAAUACGCCUACGAUGGUAACGCUCGCUUGAGCGGCAUUGAGAUGGCUAUUGACGACAAGGAGCUGCCUACCACUCGCUACAAGUACAGCCAGAACUUGGGCCAGCUUGAAGUAGUGCAGGAUCUGAAGAUUACCCGCAACGCUUUUAAUCGCACCGUAAUUCAGGACUCAGCCAAACAGUUCUUUACCAUUGUGGACUAUGAUCAGCAUGGUCGUGUUAAGAGCGUAUUAAUGAACAUCAAGAGCUUCGACGUAUUCCGCUUGGAACUUGACUACGAUCUUCGUAAUCGCAUUAAGUCCCAAAAGACAACCUUCGGCAGGUCAACAGCCUUUGACAAGAUUAACUACAAUGCGGACGGACAUGUCAUUGAGGUACUGGGCACCAACAACUGGAAGUAUCUAUACGACGAAAACGGCAACACCGUGGGUAUCGUCGAUCAGGGCGAGAAGAUAAACCUUGGCUACGAUAUUGGGGACAGAGUUAUCAAGGUGGGCGAUGUCGAAUUCAAUAACUAUGAUGCACGCGGAUUUGUUGUGCGCCGAGGCGAGCAGAAGUACAGAUACAAUAACCGAGGACAACUGAUCCACGCCUUCGAGCGAGACCGCUUCCAAAGCUGGUACUACUACGACGACCGCAGCCGCCUUGUAGCCUGGCACGACAGCAAGGGCAAUGUGACACAGUAUUACUAUGCAAACCCUAAGACGCCGAGGCUGGUCACUCAUGUGCAUUUCCCCAAAUUAGGAAAGACCAUGAAGUUCUAUUAUGACGAUCGGGACAUGCUGAUCGCACUCGAGCAUGCUGAGCUGCGAUACUAUGUGGCCACUGAUCAAAAUGGCUCGCCACUAGCCUUCUUCGACAUGAACGGAGGCAUUGUGAAGGAGGUAAAGCGCACGCCUUUUGGGCGCACCAUCAAGGACACCAAGCCCGACUUCUUUGUGCCCAUCGAUUUCCAUGGCGGACUAAUCGAUCCCCAUACAAAACUGAUCUACACCGAGCAACGACAAUACGAUCCAACUGUGGGUCAGUGGAUGACGCCACUUUGGGAAACGCUGGCCACCGAAAUGUCCAAUCCCACCGACGUAUUUAUCUAUCGAUACCACAACAACGAUCCCAUCAACCGUAACAAGCCGCAGAACUACAUGAUCGACCUUGACGCCUGGCUGCAGCUCUUCGGCUACGAGCUGAACAAUAUGCAGAGCAACAGAUACACCAAGCUGUCUCAGUACACCCCACAGGCCACCAUCAAGUCGAAUACGCUUGCACCGGACUUUGGUGUUAUCUCCGGUCUGGAGUGCAUCGUCGAGAAGACCAACGAGAGGUUCAGCGACUUUGACUUCGCGCCGAAGCCACUGCUCAAAAUGGAACCCAAGAUGCGAAACCUGCUUCCACGUGUGAGCUAUCGUCGGGCCGUCUUUGGCGAAGGCGUUCUGUUGUCGCGGAUUGGAGGACGUGCUUUAGUCAGCGUGGUGGAUGGCUCUAAUAGUGUGGUACAGGAUGUAGUUAGCUCGGUGUUCAACAACUCCUACUUCUUGGAUCUGCACUUUAGCAUACAUGAUCAGGACGUAUUUUACUUUGUCAAAGACAACGUACUGAAGCUGCGAGACGAUAACGAAGAGCUACGCCGCCUUGGCGGCAUGUUUAACAUAUCAACGCACGAAAUCAGCGAUCAUGGUGGCAGUGCUGCAAAAGAACUACGUCUGCAUGGGCCCGAGGCAGUGGUUAUCAUCAAGUACGGUGUGGAUCCCGAGCAGGAACGACAUCGCAUACUCAAGCAUGCGCACAAGCGCGCAGUCGAACGUGCCUGGGAGCUGGAGAAGCAGCUGGUGGCAGCUGGCUUCCAGGGCCGUGGCGACUGGACAGAAGAGGAAAAAGAGGAACUCAUACAGCACGGCGACGUUGAUGGCUGGAUCGGCAUUGACAUUCAUAGCAUACACAAGUACCCACAGCUGGCCGAUGACCCCGGUAACGUGGCCUUCCAACGCGAUGCCAAACGCAAGCGCCGCAAGACUGGCAGCAGCCACAGGUCCACUUCCAAUCGACGACAGCAGAAAUUUGGGGAGCUGACUGCGUGAGUGGAGGAGGAUCUAGAGAGUGAAGCUAGCAAUGAACCCAUGGAAGAGUAUGACGGGCCGGAGGACUACUUGAUAGCUGUGGAUAAAGCUGUCCGCAUGACAAACACCGAGGCAGCCGAGGAGCAGUUUUUGUAAUUACUUAGGUGAAAUAAAGCAGCGAUAAACGGUAAGCGAUAAGCGAUAAGCAUUAAGCACAACACACAAAAAAAAAGAAAGAAAAAAACACGACACAGUUCAAUUUAACUCAUUAAUACAGACUUUAAUCGCGUUUAAAGUUUAAUAUUAGUAACCAGGCAAACCCGAACACUAUCAAAGAACAAACCAGCAAUUCACGUAAAUUUCUAUAAAUGUACGUAUACAGAACAAAUAUAUGUAUGUAUGUUGAUGUUGAGUUUAGGGUAACAAUAGGGAUAUGUUUAGACCAUGUGCAACAUUAUAUGUAUAUUUUAUAAAUCUGGCAAAUCUAAUGCAAGGCGAGCACCUCCUUUCAAAGAGAGCCCGCCAGCUCGUACGACAAAGAGGCGUAUAAAGUAAACAUUCUUUCCUUCGAGCAUAUAGAUUUGUAGCAUGAAGGAGGGCUAGAAGAAAACAUAGAACUCUGUCGAAUUCUCUGAAGACAAACCACGUUUUUCUCGGUAUCCAAAAUCCGAAGGAGAACCGCCUUUUUGAUUCAGUCUACUGAAGUCUUAUUAGCCAGUUGCAUUCGAUGUCAGACAAGUAUUACACAAAAAAAAAAGAAAAGAAACGAAAUAAAUUACGCAUAUUCGAAUAGGUAAUAUAUUAAUAUAUAUCAUAAAUUAAUGUAAAAAGUUGAGAGUCCCCCGCAUAAAAUGAAAAACAAAAGAAUAAAGUAAAGAACAAAAACAAAUUCAGAUGCAAGUGUAGUAUUCCCUAGCCUAGCCCAUACUCGUAUGGUAAAACGAACUUAAAAGCUGCUUCAUUUUAAUAAUGCUUUGUAUAUUGUACAUAUACACACACACACACACACACACACUUACAUAUAUAAAAACAACUACAAUACUUAAAUAUGCUUUAACACUCAGCGCGCCAUUUUUGACUGUAUUUUUUUUUUCGUAUUUUUUUCAUUGAAACCCCUUGAUUUUAGGCAUACGUAAAUCGUACGUAGUCGUGACAUCUUUUGACUCAUAUUUUAAGCAAAUGCUCGAAUUUACUCAAACGCAUACACUUAAGUUUGACAGCCAAAAAUCAAAACACUUUUGGGUCAGCUACCCUUACCAAACAAACAAAAUACUUACAUACUCGAAUUCCUACAUACAAUUUAUUCUCCUAUCAUUUUCACUGAUUUUAUAAACCGAACUGUUGAAUUCAUUUCGAAGGCAAAAUGCAUUAAAACCUUUUACAAAUUGUGAUAUAUUUCUAAACAUUUCGUUUCACAACUUGAAAUGUUACAUAAAUGUUGAAUCGAAGUAAAGCAAAUCGAACCGAAACGUUUAAAACAGCAAAGUACUUUACUUAUUCGUGUGUUUUUAGUUUUUUUUUUACGUAGUCUAUUAAGGUUUUAGUUUUUUUAAAAUGCAAUAUUUAAUUUAAAAGUUUUGCCAUGUUAAUUUGUAAAAGCAAUGCAGUUUAUAAUGCCUUUAAUCCAAUGCUAGAUUAAGAUCGAUCCUAAAGAAUUUUAUUAUUUUUUAAUUAUUGCAACUUUCAAAGCAUUUAAUUUUUCAGCCAACCAAAUUUUAUAUUCUGUCUUUUAACACGUCACUUUGCUAAAGUGUUUUUGUUUAUAAUUAUUCACAUUAUUAAACUAUUUAUAGCUGAAACUAAACUAUUGACUAUUGAGAUAUAAAUAAUCUAGCAAUAAACGUAAGAACGGAUACUUAAGUCUUGAACAUAAUAUAAUACACAACCAUAUGAGAUACACAUUGUAAUAUAUACACACUCAACUACACAUCGUUACUAAGGAUUAGGCUAAAGAUGAAACUCAUAAGAUCGAAAUAUAGCACUUAACUAAUGUGAAAGUGAAAAAGGAGUUAAAAAUAAAACGUAGGAAUUAGCUAAAGUGUUAGUAAUUUUAUUAAAUAAAAUUAUAUAUAAUGAAGAACACAUUUAAUAAACAUUACAA